AUGGCUAGCUUGGUAGGACAGCCGUCCAUCAAGGGCAGCUCCGAGGUGAUGCGCAUGGUGUUGCUGAACUUCUGCACUAUUGGAAUUACCUUCACAUGGGGCAUCGAAAUGACUUAUUGCACGCCGUACCUCCUCAAUCUGGGCUUGACCAAAUCCAAUACAUCUCUGAUAUGGAUCGCUGGCCCCCUCUCCGGCCUCGUCGUUCAGCCCAUCAUCGGUGUCAUAGCCGACGAGAAUACAUCGAAAUGGGGACGUAGGCGGCCAUUCAUGGUCAUAGGCGCCUUGAUUGUAGCGGCUUGUCUGCUUGUGCUGGGGUUCACAAAGGAGAUUGUGGGGUUUGUGCUGCAGGAUGAGAAGGCGGCCAAGGGGCCGACGAUUGCGCUGGCAGUUUUGUCCAUCUAUGCGCUGGACUUUGCCAUUAAUGCUGUAAUGAGCUGCUCGAGGAGUCUGAUCGUGGACGUGCUGGAGCUGGAGCAGCAGCAAGCCGGAGCAGCAUGGGCAAGUAGAAUGAAUGCGGUAGGCCACAUUAUCGGAUACGGCGCCGGCGCCAUCGACCUCGUCCAAAUCCUAGGCACAAGCCUUGGACAAACUCAAUUCCAACAGCUCACCGUCAUUGCCGCCGCUGCAAUCUUAGCCUCAACAGCUGUAACAUGCUGGGCCGUCAACGAAAGUGUACUCGUGUCCGGUAAAAACACCAAACGGCAAAGCAGCUUCGGUGUCCUCCGUCAGAUAUACUCGACGGUGCGCCACCUCCCGCCUCGCAUUGAAGCCAUCUGCUGGGCGCAAUUCUGGUCCUGGAUCGGCUGGUUCCCCUUCUUAUUCUACAGCACUACCUGGAUAGGUGAGACCUACUUUCGGUACGACGUUCCCCCCGAUGCGAAGCAGUCAAAGGAUGUUCUUGGUGAGAUGGGCCGCAUUGGAAGCACUUCUCUCGUCUUGUACUCCUUCAUAACUUGCUCCGGGGCAUUUAUCCUCCCGCUGUUUGUCAGGUCCCCCGACGAGGAGGCGUACACAGCUCGACCACCACCAGCUGUGGCUGGGUUCCUGAAGCGGUUUAAGGAGCUGAAACCCGACUUGUUAUCUACCUGGAUCUUUGGGCAUCUCAUGUUUGCGGCGUCCAUGUCUCUGGCACCGUUUGCCAUGAGUUUCCGCUUCGCAACUGCGCUGGUCUGUCUUUGUGGAAUACCCUGGACAAUCGCCAUGUGGGCACCCACUGCGCUCCUCGGCAUCGAAGUCAAUAAAUUGAGCGGCCGGCCUAGUUACAGACGCCUUUCGGACGAACCGGAAAUGGAACUACCGAGACUAAAUGGUAGUGAUGGCCCAUCGCUGUUGGGUGAUGGCCCUGAGACCUCUGCCUCGGUGCCGUCAUCGUCUGGCGAGUUGUCAGGGAUAUAUUUUGGCAUUCUCAACAUUUACACCACUAUUCCUCAAUUUUUGGGUACAUUGAUAGCAACGGUUGUGUUUGCAAUCUUGGAGCCAGGCAAGAGCAGGGAGGUAGGUGACGGGGAGCAAAUACCGAAGCAGAGUGGUCCGAAUGCCAUUGCCGUGUGUUUAUUCAUAGGGGCUAUGUGUUCUAUUGUGGCGAGCUUUGCGACAAGACGGCUCAAGAACAUGUAG